AUGCCCGAAGAACCUGCAAACGGAUAUGGGGAAGGAGUUUUACAACUCGGAUGUGCAGAAACUCUUGAAGAAGCACAACAUCAAUCACUACUCCACGUAUUCCGUAAUGAAGGCGUCGGUGGUCGAGCGGUUAAGAACGACAUGUGGAAGAUGUUUACGCUCAACGGCACGUACAAGUGGGUCGACGCGUUGCCGCGUCUCGUGUCGGAUUACAACGCGCGCAAGCAUCGCACCAUCGGCAUGAGGCCCGCCGACGUGACCCCCGCUGUCGCCGAGAGACUCCUGGACACGGUGUACGGCGCGAUAAAGAUCGCCGGUCCCGCGAAGUUCAAAGUGGGCGACGCGGUACGCGUGAGCAAGUACAAGACAAUCUUCGAGAAGGGCUACACGCCAAAUUGGACCACGGAGGUGUUUCGAGGUGCACUCGUCAGAGUGCAGAGGACUAAUCCCGUGACGUAUCUCUUGGAGGAUUACCGCGGCGAACCGGUCGCCGGAGGAUUCUACGAGCACGAGUUGCUUCGCGUCGCUAAUCCCGACGUGUAUCUGGUUGAAAAGGUGUUGCGCAAGAAGGGAGACAAGGUGUACGUCAAGGGGCUGGGAUUCGACGGAUCGCACAAUUCGUGGAUAAAUAAACGAGAUGUCGUGUGA